AUGGAGAACAAGCGUUGCUUCCCCAAUCGCUUCUCUGACUACAAGGGCAGCCUGGUGUCCGGCCAGGGCAAAGAUCUAGGGAUCCUCAGGACCAUAGACAGCAUCCUUCAGCAGCUCCCUGCACAGGGCGGUCAGGAGGGAGGACUGUACGGGGGUCUGGCUGGGGUGGCUUAUAUGCUCUAUCAUGUCUCUCAAUGUCCGGCGUUCAGCUCUCAUAGAGAAACAUACCUGCGCCGGGCCAGCUCCAUCAUCGAGUCAUGCAUGCUCUAUUAUGACCAGGAGCAGGACCGGCAGACCCGAGCGUCCUUUCUGCUGGGCGGUGCGGGGGUCUAUGGGGUGGCGUCAAUGAUCUACAAGGCAGCCGGCCGAGCGGACUUCAUUAAACCUUUGGAGCGCUUCAGAGAGCUGUGUGAUAUCUGCGAACCGCUGGGCUUCCUGGAGUGUGGGUCAGACGAACUGUUCGUGGGCAGGAGCGGAUACCUGUGUGCUGCACUAGUGCUGAAACAGAAGCUGGGCAUGGAGGUGUUAAAGCCAGCUCAGAUCAAGUCAAUAUGUCAUGGAAUCUUGGAAUCUGGUAAACAGUAUUCAAGGAAAAAAAGGAAGCCCAUUCCACUGAUGUACUCAUACUAUGGAACAGAAUACUUGGGAGCAGCACACGGUCUGUCUUCUAUACUACAAAUGCUAUUGUCCUAUCAGGACUACCUCCAGCCAGCUGACCGAGACCUUGUUUGGCAAAGUGUGGACUUUCUUGUGAAUCAGGAACAAAACUGCAACUGGCCACCAGAGUUGGGGGAAGUCAUAGAACGUGAAAAUGAACUUGUUCACUGGUGUCAUGGAGCCCCUGGUAUUGCUUAUCUUUUUGCAAAAGCAUAUUUACUCUCAAAAAAUCCAUGCUACCUGGACAAUUGCAUUCGCUGUGGAGAGCUGACCUGGCAGAAAGGCCUUCUGAAGAAAGGACCUGGUAUCUGCCAUGGAGUGGCAGGCAGUGCCUAUGUGUUUUUAUUGCUUUAUAGGCUUACUGGCAACUCCAAGUAUAUCUACAGAGCACAGAGGUUUGCAGAGUUUCUCUCCACGGAUGAAUUCAGAGCUGGAUCAUGUACUGUGGAAAGCAUCUACAGUCUAUAUGAAGGCUUGUCAGGAACAGUCUGUUUUUUAGUUGAUUUACUGCAGCCUAAGCAGGCUGAGUUUCCACUUUUUCAUGUGUUUGUGUAGAGUUAUCAUUUGCUGUAAUCAACCAGACAGGAGGAUUUUUCAGGCUCUUCAGAUAUAAGCAUUAAA